CUCAAUACCGAAUACGGAAUACCUACUAAUAGGCGACUGCGACGCCAUUAAUAUUUUCAACUAUAUCUGAGGACUGGAUUUCUUUGUCAUUAAUUAAUCUUUAAAUAUCCGCAUAAUCAGUAUUUUUCCAUUAAUAAUAAUUUAUAUUCCGUUUGCUUAAACUUUAUCCGAUGGCAGACAGAGACUCAGAUGAAUUAAACAUUGACAAUGUUAUAAAAAAAUUAUUAAAAGUCCGAGGCGAGAAGCCUGGAAUGAAUGUACAGAUGACGGAGGUAGAAAUCAAAGGUCUAUGUUUGAAAUCACGAGAAAUAUUCCUUUCUCAACCUAUAUUACUCGAAUUGGAAGCCCCUUUAAAAAUAUGUGGUGACAUACAUGGGCAAUACUAUGAUUUACUGAGGCUGUUUGAAUAUGGUGGUUUUCCACCUGAAUCAAAUUACUUGUUCCUUGGAGAUUAUGUUGACCGAGGCAAGCAGUCACUGGAGACUAUUUGCUUACUUCUUGCUUAUAAGAUAAAGUAUCCUGAGAACUUCUUCUUAUUAAGAGGAAAUCAUGAGUGUGCUAGCAUCAAUAGGAUUUAUGGAUUCUAUGACGAGUGCAAGCGGAGGUAUAACAUAAAGUUAUGGAAGACAUUUACAGAUUGUUUCAACUGCCUACCAGUUGCGGCUAUUGUUGACGAGAAGAUAUUCUGCUGCCACGGUGGGCUGUCGCCGGACUUGCAGGCCAUGGAACAGAUCAGGCGGAUCAUGAGGCCCACAGACGUGCCCGACCAGGGCCUGCUGUGUGACCUGCUGUGGUCCGACCCUGACAAAGACGUGACCGGCUGGGGCGAGAACGACCGAGGGGUCAGCUUCACAUUCGGUACAGAGAUAGUGGGCAAGUUUUUGUCGAAGCACGAAUUCGAUCUGAUCUGCCGAGCUCAUCAGGUGGUCGAGGACGGCUAUGAGUUCUUCGCGAAACGUCAGCUCGUCACGCUCUUCUCUGCGCCGAACUACUGUGGCGAGUUUGAUAAUGCGGGUGCUCUAAUGUCCGUAGACGAGACAUUAAUGUGUUCGUUUCAAAUUCUGAAACCGGCGGAUAAACGCAAACUGUACUCCGGCUUGAACAUGGGCAGGCCUAACACCCCGCCGCGCGCGCAACCCAAGAACAAGAAGAAUUAGCCCCGUCCCUAUCGAGCGCUUCAAUCAUUACUUGCAUGGAUCCCAACACUGCAAUAGUGAACUUUGAAUAACUUUUAUACAGUUUUGCAAUAAUUCAUCAACUUGAAAGCGGUUUAAAUAGAAAGUGACGCAUUUAACAUUAAUAUUCUCACUCAUUACUGUAACAAGUGACGGCUCUGGAUAAUCUGGUGGUAAGACCAAUGUACAAUGUUCUUCGACAGUUGUGUAGUCACCAACUAUAAAAUAACUAACUUCUCGACUAUCUUUAAAUGCUAUUUGUAUGGUAUUGUGUGUUAAUUAUUGAGCCAACCAAUUAGUGUAAAAUUAUUAGUAAGUGUGACGGUAAACUCAAUCUCUGAUGUAAAAAUAAUGUUGAUACUAUGGUUCAAUAUUUAUCAGCUGUUGCUUUGUGAAUUGAGUAGGUCGAUUGUCUCAAUUUAAAUCCACACCACCUCAAAUAAUUUGUACUUAUUAUAGUAAAUAUUUUCAAUAGGUUUUAUUGAUGCAUUUUUGCACGCAGAACAUCGCGCACCAAAAUCGCCCGGUAAAUAAGCGACAUUCAAAGUUUAGUGAGCACCAUAAUGAAAAGGUUUAAAAUUUAUUGCCUCGCUUUGUGAAAUCAAAUUACCGGCUGCUGAUUUCCCGAACCGCUACGACUUAGGGACCUUCAAGAAACGAGCAUGCUCCUACCCAGGCCGGCAACGUAUUGACACCUGUUGUUACGGAUUUCCAUGGGUUGGGGUUGCCUCACCCCUCCCAAUCCCGUGAGCUUCAUGCCCGUUUGCCCCCUCUUAUAUAAAAAAGUAAAAAGGUAUUUUAAAUUGCCCUCCAAUGGCCUAUCUGUCUUGCUCGGUGAGAUGUGAUGACGUCACAUGUUGACAGUUACUACCUAGUAACUAGUUAGUCUUGUCACCCGUGAACACUGAACACUGACCUGUAUAAAUACCAGUGGACAGGUUGUUCCAUAUGUUUGACAGCAAAUUUUUGUGCCCAUUUGAAGCGCCACUCGCGAGCGUCCAGAGAACUAAUUUUGACGUAUAAUACAAAUGGCUGCGAGAGAAGCGUACAAUUACUCUGAAGUAUUUUUGCAUUUUGAAUUAAUUUCGUUCCGUGUUAUUUAUACUUCAAGUAUCAUCGUAAUAAAGUACACAAUUUUUAUGUAAAUUGUUUCUCACCAUCCAUUGAUAUUUGCUGAGGUUGUCAUCACUAGUUUUAGUACCGCAGACUCUCGCUACAUGGCCAACAGCGCCAAAAUGGCGAAUACCAAACAGGCACAAACGCACUUUGACAGCCGCCAGUCCAGUGGUAUAUAGUAGAGGUCAGUGCCUGUGAAUGACUUGCUGUGUAUUACGGAGAUAAUUGUUCUUGUGCUCGUGAUGGGCGGAAAGUAUAAAGCAUAGUUGAAUUAAUAAGUUAGUUAUUUCAACGCCUUUAUUAUAAUGCAUUUGUUUACCUGAGAUGUGAUGCGUAACAGUUUUGUAUGACUCGACGUGAUUUGAGAUUGUAUCAGUUAUAAUGAGGGCAGGGAUUGUCCCUCACCAUAAAAUCAGCUGUUGUGAAGAUACUUGAGUAAAAUUCAUGGCAUUUAUGGCGUGGAGCGAUCAUAUUAUAUAUUAAGUCGAGUUACACCAAGCACCGUACGUUAUACGGUAUAGUGGGCAUUUUUAAACGUUUGCAACGAGAUACUAAAUUUUUAUGACUUGUAUCUUACCAAAUUGUAAUUUUGUACUCUCGUCCUACACUGAAAAUAGAAGCAUAAGGAGCUUCAAUUUUGACAAUGUUUUUAAAGUAAUUGUGCGUAGAAUUGUUUAAUAUAAAGGUGAUCACUUGGUUGCUGAUUGUGGUAAAAUUGAUUAUUAUUUGUACUUGGUCGUGCCAAUAAAGGUGAUGUUUAUUUAGUCGCAGUAAUAUGGAGUAACAUCUAGAACACUUCAAAUUACGAUAUAUUAGCUCGUAAACUUGGGAGUGUUAUUGUAAUAAUUAUUUCUAUAUGAGAACAAUCUUUACCCUUAUGGCUAUAUUACACCGGGACUCCACGGUGGCGCAACCAGUCACCACCAGUACCAACAAAAUAUAUAUAAUAAUAUUAUUAUUUAUUUCAGGCCGUAGCCCAUAUAAUGUUAGUAAAAUCUUAAUUUAGGGUUAGUAACAACAUUAAAUACAUUUAUUUGAACAAUUAAAUUUUAACAGCCAAUGUCUAUUCAUUAUAUUCUCAAAAUUAUUCACUAUGUUAGUUCCAGUAAUCAUCAGUUGUUCGAGGUUGUGGCCAUUUUUUCUGGCGUUAUGUCCAAAUAACUCUAGGAUUCUAUGGAGACAGAUGGAUGAGUCUGGUUUUUACACCUAGAGUGUUAAGGAUGGAUAGGUUGGUGCGGAAUGCUGUCCAAGGGAUUUGAAGCAUCUUCCUCCAGCACUACAUCUGAAAGGCAUCAAUCCGAUCUCUGUCGGCCUACUUUAGUGUCCAUGUCUCAACCCCAUAGCUGAAGAUGGAAAAAAUUAGACUAUUGACUAGCCUCGUUAUAGUUUUUCGAGAGAUGCUACGGUCACGCCAUAUUUUUCGGAGUUCAAAGUUCAAAGGUUUGGCCAUUCCAAUGCGACGCCUGAUUUCCAGCUCGUAUGACCCGUUGUUGCUGAUACUAGACCCCAGAUAGGUGAAAUUGUCGACCUGUUCUAGAUUCAGCGCCCCAGUCAUUGUUAGCGUUUUAGCGCGGAUCGACUACCAUAAGCUUAGUUUUGGUGUGGUUUAUUGUAAGGCCUAGUUCCAAGCUAAUAUUAGCCGGACAUAUUAUACGGAGAGCCCAUUAAAAAUAUUUCACAUGGAGUUAUUUCGUAGAUGUCUGUUCCUCUUGUAUGAAACGUAACAUUCUAUUUUUAUUGACGCGGCUUUACGAAAUAUUUUACGGAGCGAUAUGUAUGUGGUUGUUGCGCUGUCUGUGUAUCUGUUUGUCUGUAUGCCUGUUAUGUACUCAGUAGCUGAGUUGUAGUUAGAUGAGCGGUUUCAACACUGGCGAGGAUUGGUGUUGCCACUUGCGAGUGUUGGGGUUGCCCAGAUUUUUUAAUAUAAUGUCUUAUUUUAGUUGUAAGUGUAAACCCCGUAGGGUGGAAUCCAAAAUUAUGAUCCCGUCUCUGUAGUAUUAUUGGGUUUAUAUUAAUUAAGGUCUGCUACACACGCGGCGGUUUAAUCGUACGUAGUUAUAACAUAUUCUAUUCAAUGAUAAAUUUAUUGAAAAUUUCAGCCGCUUAUUAAUAGCGAAUAUACAUUUAUUAUUAGAUAUUAUAUUUAUAUUAGUAAUGUUUGUCGUGGCGGCAGUACAGUAACAUUAGACGUUCUAAUUCGUACUUAAACUUGAAUUCUAAAUAUGUGUGUUCUAACAAUAUUGUGACAACUGCGGGCCCUACGUUUGAAUUACAGAUACAAAUAUUUGUGCACAAUUUAGAUUUUAGAAGUAAAUUCUAACCCAUAUUUACGCCUGCCCUAAAGUUUCGUCUUUCCGCGAGCAUUUAAAAUAUAUAGGAAUAAAGUUCUGUUGCUGCCUCCACCGAUUAAAUUUGAAUUGUAAUUGAAUUAAAUUUGUAUCAUUCGUAAUAAUUUAUUGUAAUAUUGUGUAAUCAGACGGAGAUCGUUCAGUGGCCAAUAUGAGGCCGGACUUAUUAAUGAACAAGGAAAUUGUAUAUUCAUUUCUUAAAUAAAUACUUUACGAUUA